AUGGCAUCCAAAAAGGUCUCCACGAACUUCGCCAAAUACACGGUUCAGCCCACUGGAAUCUAUGGCUUAAUCAAUCGUAUCUUUGCGCUCGACUCAAAGCGUUCCAGCGGUGUUCCCUUAAAUCCCCAAUUCCGCAACCCACCCCCCGGUGCUCUCGAUCCCGCAACCUACGACGACCCAGUUACGCUACCUGCCGCCGACAUUGCUGAAAACCCCUACUGGAAGCGCGAUGUUCGACGCCGUUACCCACAAUUGUCGACUGUGACCCAGGCCGACGCCGUGGCGCUUUUGGAGGUCGGAAGUGAGGCUCAGCCAAAACAGGAAUUGAUUGGAGAAGCAGGCAGCAAGCAACUGGUCGCAGCGCAAGAGGCUGGUGUCAAGGGCCUGGCCGUUGCAUUUGAGAAGAAUACUGGAUUGGCAAAGGACGUGUUGGGCCCUGGUGGCCUGCCCCCACUCCCGAGUGGGCUGCACAUCGAAUCGGCCGCUGGAGUCAAGAGAUAUAAUUUGGAGCCGGAGCAGAGCUACGAGAAUGCGUAUGUCCAUGCUCAAUUCUAUCCUCAAUGUGUGACUGACCUUUCAUAG